GCCAAAACCUAACGUAACAACAUGGCUGCUCGAAAGAAGAAGCAGGAAGUAGACGUUUCAGCUCCCUCUGCUUAGAAAAGAUGGAGCAAACAAGCGAGCCACGUCAAAAAACAUUUACUUGCCAGUUGUGUGGUUUAAGUAGCCCUUUUACUUACUACGGCCAGAAACCACCAAACACCAGAGCCAUUGUGUUGCUUGAGGAGUGUUUUGUGACCCAGGACCCCUUCAGUCCGGACAAGGAGAAGUUUCUUGUGUUGGGGUCUACCUGCAGCAUGUGUAGCCUGUGUGUCUGUGUUGGAUCGGACUGCAGUCUUUUCUACACCAAGAGGUUCUGCAUGCAGUGUGUGAACAAACACUUGGAGCAGUUCCCUCAUCAGAUCCAGGCCGAGCUGGCCAAGAAGAAGCAGAGCUCUAAGGCUGCCGUCUCCUGACAUCGGACUACAGGUCCAUAACAUGCUCACCAAUAGAAGAAUAUAAGGGUCCCAAAUGUGCCACGGUGCUUUACAAGAACAAGAAAAAAUCUUCAACUGCACACUGUAGUUUAUUGAGGUUAAGCUUUUUAUUUGAUGGAAAAUGAACACCUCACAUUAGAAAAAUACUAGUCUAUGCUUGUGUCCAGUAAAGUUAGGCUGCUGUAUUAGCCUUCAGGGGCUUAUUUGUUUAUUAGUUUCUAGAGGGUUUUAUAGAAUCAAGCAUUGGGUGUGACUAGGUUUGCCGGACCCCUGAUGGAUUGUGGUUGCAGACUCCAAAUCAAAAAUCAGCCCCGCUGGUUUGCAGGCUAUUAAAAAUGACUCCUAGUUCAAAAAUCUGAUGACAUGUACUGGUUGUGCAUAGUUGCCCUGCAGUGGCGUAAACUUUUCUACAUGAAAAGUUUAAUAUAUUGCUACCUUACACUCAUUACAAACUGUUAUUAUUUUACACUAUUAUUUUAAUUAUACGACUCAAAAGAAGUAAUAGCAUUUCCAAAGACAAGUUUCUGUGCAGUUUUAAAAACAGAUUCAUGUCUGCUCUUGCGAUGUAGGAAAAUUAAUUUGUGUACAAUUUCCUCUUGAACUUGAUGAAUUAUGCCUGUUUUGCAAUGUUUUAAUGCCCCCUUUUUAUCGAGAGAAGACAUUUUUAUGACUUCAGGAACAUGUGGCAACAUUUAAACGACUAACUAUCUAUUUAGUGUGUGGACAUGACGCAUCUUUACGAGUGCAUCUCUGCAUCCACAAAGAGUGCACUGUUGACUUCCAUGGAGUCGAAAAUGUUUUCCUGUCUUAUCUCAAACUAUAAAAACGGUAUGUAGUGA